CCCUAAUCUUGACGUUGCAUUUAACAGUAGGGACUGGCACGGAGACACCUCAGUUGUAGCCUGACACACAUCCGUUAGAAAGACAACCGUCCCUUCAUAACAUUGGCUGGAGUAAACAUUGCGUCGCUUGCAUCCUCUUUCUUCUCUUAGGCAUCCAGCCCGAGAUAUUUGCGAUGGCAGGAGGACGACGCAACACACCUCGAGCUCCACCACCAAAACCUGUGCCAUUUUUGGACCAUGAUUUGAAAAGAAUAGGGCAUGCCGAAGACGGUCCACCUUUGAUGCCAAUAACCCCUCCAAAACACAUGACCAUCCCUGACAUUCCUCGCAUAUCGGAGAUUGGGUUUGAGACACUGAUGUUGGUGUUCAGUCUCAUGUCUCUUGCGCUGCAGUACCUCAACAUAUAUCGCACUGUGUUUUGGCUCCCUCACUCACACACAAAAUAUGCCAUGAAUUUGUACCUGAUAGAUGGCAGUGUGGUGUGGUUCAUUGUGAUCACACUGACGCGGCGGUGGGGCUGGAGCAUCAUCAAGUUGAUCGUCACCAGGUGCCUCCACCAGUCUUUGUGGAAAUCUGCUCUCUCUGUAGCGCGAAUUCUGUUUGUGUGUACCAUAGCCAUUCUUCUGGGAUUCUGUUUGUACACAAUUAGUGAUGCUCUCACCUACAUUAAAAUCCUUGCUCUGGGAUAUCCGCUUGUAUUUUAUGUUUUUAUAUUCGACAUGGAAAUCACCUCCUUUCUUGAAGUGAUACCUGUCCCCCUGCACUACAAGGAAGAAGGUGUCAAAUCUAGACAAGGAUUGAACCAAGCUGUUCCACGUGUCAUACAACACGCGUGCCAGAACAGUGCUGAAGCUGUUCGUGGUGAAGUAGAGUUUCUCACCAACGACUGUAACAAGCGCAUGGCCCAAGUCAUGUACCAAACCAUUGUCAUCGUUUACUACACAACACUCAUUCCUUGUUUCUUUGUUCCGAGUUCACUGUAUUAUGAUGUACCAUGGGUGUCAUGUCACAUACUGUUUGUGACUACCACUUGCUUUAUGUGGCACUUAUUAUACUGUUAUCCUCCAAGGUACUGUGAUAUUCUUCAUCGUGCAUCUCUUCACCUUGGAGGAUGGGCAAGACUUGAGGGCAGGUCAUCCCAUGCUCCAUACAAUCCCUGGUCAAAUGCAGUUUUAUGGCCUCAAGGAGCAUUAGUGAAACACAAUAGAGAGCUGUAUCGAGCUGAAGGCAUCACUAAUGCUGCAGAACCAGGCAACACAACACAUGCUAGACUUCAUGCUAUAUUUUGUGAUCCAUCUCGUCCUGUCUUAGUGCUGGUGUGGGUGUGUGUUUGCUGUGUACUCCUACAUCUGGCAUUACUGGUUUCUCUUCAUCAGUGGCACCAGCUCUUAGCAACGGCACUUGUUCUCUCUGCUUCAUAUGCAGCAUUGUAUUAUCUCUUACGGGAUUACUUGGUACUCAGAAAAGUAUAUCAACAAGAACAGCAACUUCAAGAAAGAGUUGUCAAUUAAAAGAAUGUAACAAACUUUCAUCUAACAAUAUUUUUUGUAAAGAAAUUAUUGUUAGACCAGUUUAUCAUGAAUCUCUGUUUAAUUUUUCAUUCAAGCAUUUAUUUUCAUUCUUAUCCAUUAAGAUGACUUUCUUUGAGAAAUUUUACAUAUUUCUCAAGUAAUUUUUGCUCCAGAAAGUAUGCUCAGUAUGAGGUAAAUGUAUUUUUUAGUUUAUUGUUAAAUCUCCCAAGUGAAGAAAGCCAAAGAUGUGAUUAUUGCAUAAUUUGCUUAGCAAAGUUUUAGUCUUAAUUUACAGGUCAGAGAACCCUCACCUGCAAAUAUUCUCCUUUUCUUCCUGUCUAAAUCCUAAUCUUUUUUCAAAAAUUGUCUGUACACCUAGUUUUCAUUAUAUACAGGCUCUGAUUAUGCAUACUCAUAUUUAUGUGAUAACCUUCAAUGUGCCAAGUAUUCUCACUAUACAAGAAAGUUCACGUUGAUGUGCACUGCUCGUUAGAGUGGUGAAUAACUUGUUGUCGAAAUGCUUGAGUUGAAGAUUCAGGUGAUAUGGGACGGAGAGAAGUUUAGUUGGAUAAUGGCUUCCCUGUAGGUAGAAUAGCUUGAGCCAAGGAUGAUUCAGGCUACUUAUUUAUACUUUUUAUAAUGUGUUCAUCUAACCAUUUGAACCAGCCUGAAACACCAAAGUCUGGAAUUUUGGUGAUGCUGGUGUGGCUGACUAGAUUGAAAACUUUGGAAAGAUCAGUGCUGAGUUGUGUGUAUGUUAGUGCACUAUGUACAUCAGUGCUCACCUCCCAUUCACUGUUCUUGAUUUUUUUUAUGCAUUCAGUUUUUUCAUAUCACAGUAUUAUAAUACAGCAUAAUUAACAUUAUUGACUGUCAAUAUUGAGUUGUGAAUCUUAACCUAUGAGGUAAUGUUCACACUAAUUGGAUUCUCACUAUCUAAGGAUUUUCACAGAAUCUAACAUGAGCAUAUAAUGAGAAUGAGAUGAAUGUACUGACAACACUUGAAAUAAUUUUUUGCUCAGAUGAGAAUUGACACCCAUUCAGAAAAUACAUAUACACCACAUUAUUAAUAUGGUUUGUAGGUAAGGCUGUGCAUCCAAGGCAGAAGGGAGGAAUGGGUUUAGAAAUGUAUGUCACUUGUUACUUGAUAGCAAAUCACUUGAUCUCUUGUGUUGGGCUCAUAUAACAAAACUCACUGAUUACAGUCAAAAAGAUAUGAUUAAACAUACAGCUAGUCAUAUUAGACAUAUGCAUGUUGGACCUCAUUUGUGUUUCAAACCCAGGAUCAACAUUGGAGAAUAUCAUUCAUGCAUUGAUCAUGGAAGCAAUUGAACUUAUUUUCUUUGUAACUUGUUACAAAGAGUGGCUUGUGAACAUGCCUAUGAAUGUUUUAUUUCCAGUGACAAUAUGUGAUUCUAUAUGUGUGUUUAUUGCUUUUAUUUGAAAUUGAUAUAUUGCAUAAGAUAUCACUAAAAGUGCUGAAAUCCAUUUUCUUUUGGAAAUGAGCUUCACAAUUUUUUUUUCAUGAAGGGACUUUGGCCUGCUAUGAAUAUCUGAUUUGGAUACACAUUUUUCUUCUUUGAUACAAUUUUUUUUUCCAAUACUAUUGUCAGACAUUGGCAAACCUAAUGUAUUUUGUAUAUUAUUAUAUUUGUUACUAUGUAUGUGUAAUGUAAAUAGUUAUUUAUUUUGUAAUUUUACUAAUACUAUUCAAGUAUUUCAAAGAAAUUAUCUGAUAUUCUCAUUAUAUACCAAUUAUACUUCCAUUUGAUGGUUUUAAUCCUUCAGUUCUUAUACUGUACAAGGUGUCACCACAAAAAGUGAAUUUUAAAUUUAUUCACUGCUUACAUUGUAUUUAACAAAGUAUAUCUUUCUUUUCAAGUUAUGUUCAAAACACAUGGAAGUUUUUGUCUCAGAGAGUAUUAUCAGCUUAGCUCAGCCAUGACACUCUUGGUCAAGCAAUGAACAAAAAUCAUAACAUUGUAUCAAGACAGAGUCAUUAGUAGACUCAGUGAGAAUGUUUUAGAGAUGCUCCAUUCAUAUCAGCAAUCAAGAAAAUACUAUAGUCAAGAAGUUUGAAAGCCAUGGAACUUACCAGAACCUGAAAUAUAAAAAUACCAGAAAAAAAAUUAGAUGUCUUGUUAAACAGAACAUAAGUAGUGAAUAAUUGAAAAUUUAACUUUUUUUUCUCACCCUGUAUUUUCACAUUUUAUGUUUCUCUCUCUCUCUCUCUCUCUCUCUCUCUCUCUCUCUCUCUCUCUCUCUCUCUCUCUCUCUCUCUCAUUUUUUGACUCCUUGAUGACUUCCCCUGAUAACAAUUAACUAGUCAUUAAGCCUGUGGCUCUUUUGCUCACAAUAAAAUGUGCAUUUUGAAAAAGUU